AUGUCGAGCUCCUCUGUUUCGUCUCUUCCUCCGGAUCUGCUCACCAUCUCAUUCUACGUGUGCAUUGUUCGAAUCUGCUGUAGAUGCAUGAGCGUCCUGCUUCUGUCGCCUCCAGUUUAUGUCGCCGCCAGCCUUUCACCGUCACCAUCCAUCACUGGUUCUACUCUUUCUUCCUUUCUUUGUUUGUUUGGCUACAAAGAAAUUGAUCAGUGCCUCAUUGAAGCAGCAAAAGAAACUACAGAAUAUUUCCCUUCACAUGCUCCCUCUCAAUUGCCCGAUAGGGUGACAGUUUCAGAUUCAAAUACUAGUAGAUGUACUUAUUUAUUUAUUGCUUCUUUGCCUUUGCAUAUCAAGAAGACUAUUAUAGUGAGUGUAAUUGGGCUGCCUAAUGUUGGCAAGAGUAGUCUUAUUAAUAGCUUGAAAAGAGCUCAUGUUGUUAAUGUUGGUGCUACUCCUGGAUUAACAAGAUCAAUGCAAGAGGUUCAAUUGGACAAAAACAUUAAGUUGCUAGACUGUCCUGGUGUUGUCAUGCUUAAAUCACUAGAAAAUGAUGCUUCUGUAGCUCUACUGAAUUGCAAGAGAAUUGAGAAGUUAGAUGAUCCAAUUAGCCUAGAUAUUGAGAAGUAUGAGGUGGAAAGUGAAGAAUUCAGUAGUGCUAUCUUUAGAUUUUUGUAA